GUCCUGAAAGUGGUAGAUUGGUAAAAGCUUUUCUAAUACAAUGUUAUCUACAAGUUUAUAUACUAAGGACAGGUUCGAGUCAUUAUUAUUCUAUAAUGUUCUAUAAUAUUCUAGUAUCAGUACGAAGAAUAGAGAAGGUAAGAGAAAAUAAGAGAAAGUACGAGCGAGUCACUACUAGGGCCGAGAAGGCCGAGUCCUCAGAGAAGGCCGAAAAGCUGAAGAAAUUCGGCGUCGAGCCCAUCCUAGGAUCGCUUUCGGACUUGCAGCUGCUCGAGGAUAGUGCAGCGAAUGCAGACGUUGUUGUGGCGAUGGCGAAUUGUGACGACCUUCGUGGGGCGGAGGCCACGCUCCGAGGGAUCAAAAGACGGUUCGAACAGACUGGAAAAGUACCGGUAUUUAUCAACACAUCGGGAACGGGUGUACUCUCGGAUAAUUCGGGAGGCCUGAAAGCUACAGAAACUAUCUACGAUGAUCUAAACCCUGAUCAGAUUGAGACACUCCCGAUCACUCAGAUACACAGACCAGUGGACCUUGCUAUCGUUAACGCGGACAAGGAAGGCUAUGUGAAAACUUGUAUCAUUCUCCCGUCUACUGUUUAUGGCUUGUCUUCGGGAAGGCUCGUCGAUGCAGAGAUUCAUAACCGUCAAUCCAUCCAAGUACCGUCUCUCAUUAGUGCGUCUCUUGAUCGCGGACAUGCUGGGAUGGCUGGAGAAGGGAAGAACUCGUGGCCUAAUGUCGAAAUUCAUGACCAGGCUGAUCUUUACCUCAAGCUCUAUGACGCUAUCGUCGAUGGAAAAAACCCGGCUCUUGGUCACAGCCGCGAAGGAUUCUACUUCGGUGCAAGCGGAGAGCAUCUUCUGUACGACUUGUCCCUGCAUCUAGGUGCCGUUCUGGUUGAGUUGGGUAAAGCAACAGAGAAAGAGCCUACCUCGUUCACGAAAGAGGAAAUGGCCAAGUAUUUCGGCAGUCUUGACUUCCUAGGAUCCAACUCUCGUUGUGUGGUAAAUAGGUCUAAGGCCAUAGGAUGGGCUCCAAAGAAGACCACCAAAGACCUGUUUGCAAGCCUCAAGCCUGGGGUGGAGAUGAUUCUGAAGACCGGGUAUUCUCCGUCGUUCUACUUACUUUGAUACUAGCAUUUUUGGAUUAGAAUGUAUAAAUAAAUAGGAAUGAUUGUGAC